GUGAAGGAAUGUGCAAAACUGGCACAACUUUUGCAAAUUCGAACGCCCGUAGCACGAACAAUGGAAUUGUGUGCAGUGGAAGCACUGUUAAGAAAGGAUGAACAUACUCUGCGAAAGUAUUGCGAACAACUGAUCAAAACAGCGAAGGGAUUACCGAGUAUUCAUAGUUUAUGUAUCGAUGUGAUCAGAUCGAAAUUCCUUGAGAACGUUUGUUUUCUAUGA